AUGAUACGUCGAGAUUUUGUUAAAACAACUGAAUCAAAACCACCUAUGCCAACAGCUGCUAAUAUACGUUCAUUUAUUCCUGCAAAAUCAGCUAAACCCGGUGGUCUUCCAACAAAUAAUGUUAUUCAAGUAGCAACUAUAACAGAAAAUAAUACUGUCAUGAAUUCUAAUAUAAAUUCAAAUCGUAUGUAUCCAUUACAAUCACAACUACAGCCACAACGACAACAGCCACUAUUACAGCAGCAACAACAACAACCGCAACAGCAACAACAACAACAACAACAACAACAACAAUCAAUACCUUUAUCUCAAAAAAGUCUUUUAUCCUUUACAACAACUAAUCCAACAAUAAAAGAAUCAGUAAAAAUUGAAAACAAUCAACAACAAUUAAAUGUUAUAACUAAUGGUGAAAUAAUUUCAUCGUCUAUAAUAAAAACGCAACAAUCACAAGUGCCGAUAAAUAAUGGUCCUGCUUUUCGAUCAAGUAGUUUAUCAGCUGCUAAUGUUGAAUUACGAAGAAAAAAAGAAGAAAUUAGUAAUAAAAUAAAAAAGAGAGCCGUUAGUGCAUCGGCUGUAUCAAAUGACGGGUAA